ACACCCUCCCUCCUUAUCACCGCUUUUCUGCUCAUGACCUGACUUACCGCUCAUUCGCCCGUAUCAUGCGCUUCUCCAAUGAGCAUCUGUCAUUUACAGUCCAUGUACAAAAGGAAGCUCUUCCUUUGCCUCUCUUUGGCGUGGUUGAUACCCACCCGGGAGGACUAUCCUGUCUCCCUCGCCUUGCACUACUUUACCCCACACCCAGUGAUAUAUCUCGACUAGUCCAUGGAUGAGAGAGAUGCCAUCCCAUCUACGUCCUGAAGUCAUGUUAAUCAAGCAUAGCAGGACCAAAAAGCCAGUCAAGAUCAUGGAUCCCGACUGUGCUAUUUGCAGCCAGCCUGCGCUCGCCCAAUGCGAAUGUGAAGCGAAGGGCUUAGACCUCGCUGUGCGACAGGCCGAACAGAGAAUGAUGACGAGUGUAUUCAGUGAUAUCCGCGCCUGGGUUCGCGGACAUGCUCAAGAUUACAUCCUGUCCUACUUCAGCAUGCUCACCACUCGGCGCAAAGAUCAACACGCCCAAACCAUCCACCGUGUCACUGAAAGAGCAGCAUACUACUACCGAGCACGACCACAUCCAUCCGAAAUAGCUGCUGCAGACGCAGAGCUUAAGCGAGGGAUAGACGAAGACUGGAAGGCAUCCGUGCAGCGGUAUCCGGAAGUGCUGGAAUAUUUCUUUGGGCUGGUGGAUCUCAAUCUACCAAGUGACGAUGAGCCUGGGAUUCGAGACCCCCCACUAAGUGCUAUGGGAGGCGUGGGUGUCGGGCGCGAGAGGGAGAGGAAAGUCAGGUUAAGAGAGCCGAGUGAGGUUGAGGAGAGACGGAGACGGAGGAGGAGUAGAGGUGAGAGGGACUUGAUUGAAGAGAGGGAAAGGGUUCUGCGAGUCCCUGCUCCACCGACUGCUGUUGGGGGACGGGACAGAGAAAGGGUCAGGCAAGGGGCGAUGUAUGCUCCACCAAUGGGAGGCUUUAAUUACGUUCAGCCAGGAUUCUGAGCCAAGUCGGCGGAGGAGUGAUGCUGUGCAGUGGAAAGCAGCCGCGAAUCCAAUAACUUGAAUGGAAUGGAAGGCUGGAGGACAUCUCUACGCGGGGCAUCAUCAGCGACUUGCGUCAAGAAAGGACUGGACAUUCUUCAGACAUGAGGUAAUGCAGAAGGGAGGUCAUGGAUAAUAUUAACGAAAUUACGAGU